AUGGACGACUACAAGCCACAGAAACCAAACAUUGUCCAAUCGCUGCCCAUCGACAUAACCGUCCCCUACGACGUAGCCUGGCUCAAGGCCAAGGUCAUACUGAUAACCGGAGGAGCGAGUGGCUUCGGCGCAGGCUUCGUGCGACAAUGGGUGGCUGCCGGCGCAACCGUCAUUGUCGGAGACAUCAAUGUGCACAAGGGAGACGCCCUGUGUCGUGAUAUCAACAGGGACACUAACAAUGGCGGCUCUGCCCACUUCGUACACUGCGACGUAACAGACUGGCAAUCGCAGGUCAACCUCUUCAAGGAAGCAGUCAACAAGAGCCCACAUGGAGGUCUUGACUGCGUCGUCGCAAAUGCUGGCAUAGCAGGCCGCGACGUCCUACAGGAAGGUAUCAACCUCGAUGCAGCCGAGCCACCCCCACCCGCCUUCAAAAUCAUGGAUGUAAACCUCACUGGUGUGCUCUACACUACUCACCUUGCAUGUUUCUGGCUACCUAAGAACCCGGGUUCCUCGCCCUGCAGCCUCAACUCGACGCCUUCCACCACAUCCCCUCGCGACCGCCAUAUACUACUGUUAGGCUCCAUCGCCUCUCUUGCCCCCAUUGCGAUACAGCCGCAGUACUGUGCUGCAAAGCAUGCAGUCCUCGGUCUCUUCAGAAGCCUGAGGGUUACCAGCGGCCUUCAAGGCAUACGUGUGAACCUUCUCUGUCCGUAUUUCAUCGACACGCCCAUUGUGACAGCUGGUGCGCGAUUCAUACUCGCAGGAGGCGGAUUGGGCAAGGUCGAACAUGUAGUCGAUGCAGGAACACGCUUCGUUGCCGAUUCGCGCAUCCUCGGCAGGGCCCUUGUUGUAGGACCCAAGAUGCACGUCCGUCAGAAAGAUAAUGGCGAGUGGGAGCUCGUCACUCCCGGCGCUCCUGACAGUAUUGAGACGGCAGUUUUCGAGCCUUAUGCCGAUGAUUGGGAAGAUCAGGAUCAAUGGAACCGUACCUUUGUCAAGAUUUUGAACAUGGUCCAGGCUGGGAGAGGCUGGGUUGGAUGGGCGCAGGACAUUGUCAAAGCAUCGCUGUACAGUCUGGGCCUCGGGCGGUGA